AUGUCCAGCCUCGACAGCAAGGCGGCCUUUAAGGCCAGGGCAAUCGAGCUCAACUUUCCCGAGGAGACCCUGACCAAGCUCGCAGCCAUCAAUGUGGACACGUUCGGAGCCCUAGCCUUUAUCGGGCCCCUUCAAGCUGGCACGACCGAUGAGGGUCCACUCAUCAGCAUGCUGAAACGUGCUUUGGGUUCAGCGCCUGACGACGGGCUUAUGAGCAUCGCUCGCCGCCUGUGGUUCGAAAGCACCACUCAGGCUCUUGCUGAAAUGCGUGGCAAGGUCGAGCGCACCGAUGCUUCUGAACCUGUUCGGAUGCCUUUGGCCGAGCGCACACAACGCCUUGCUGCUCUUCAGAAGAGACUUGUGGGUAUUCACUGGACCUCCGACAUUGAGCCUUCCCAUAAGCUGCAAGACUUGGUUGCUCAGAUGGUGUCUGAUCAGUCCUUGCUUUGGAUUCCGUGGGAUCGCCUCACAAGCCGAGCUUUGGAAAUUACGUCUGACAAGACCGAUCAGGCGGUCAGCUUCGACAGUGCCGGGAACCUCAAGCUCGUGAAACGGUCGGCUGAGCCUUCUUGCAGUACCAUCGGCGAAUACGCCGUUAAGCUGGCACUUCAGCGGAGGAGUUUCGCCUUCGAGCUGGCCAGAGUCUGCCGUUACGAGUACCUCGAGUCCUGGCACGACCAGAUGCUGCAAGUGCAUAUGCGCUCCCAGCCUUCAGGCCAUCAACGAGUUUCGAUUGCUCAACUUCGUGAAGCCGACAAGUUUCUGUGGACGAGGAUCGCCGAGGAUACGCGUGGCUCACUGUCCAUGCGCUCAGACGGCUCGUACCCCUUUGAGGCCUCGCUUGCAAAGUGGAAGGAUCACACGCAAGUUCAGUGCUACCUACUUCCGCUGAUGCGAUCACCGCCUCCACCGCCGAAUCCACACACGCCCAACAUCCCCCCCAACAAGGACGGGAAAGGGGGCGGCAAGGACAAAAAUCAGAAAGCUCUGAAGAUUCGCAAGGACACUCCCGGAGCGGAGAAACCCAGCGACUCAGGAGCCAAGAAGUGGAGCGUCCCGCAGGGUUGCCACUCGCACGAUUCGACCGGCAAACCGCUGUGUUUCAGCUUUAACACCAAGGGCUGCGGGUUCGCGAAACCCGGCAAGCGCUGUCGCCGUGGCCGCCAUCUGUGCUGGAGGGAUGACGAGACCGGUGGCAGGCGCCUUGCGGCCGAGGAGUUGGCCGACCAGCUCCUUGCUCGGCCCACUGUUACUUCGGGAUCGCAGUGCUUGCGUGUGCGUGACACCAGCAAGCAGUACCCCUUGAGCACCAAAGUUUUUGCCAGAUUCGUACGUCAGCUUGACAAGGAUUUUACUUGCACAACCAUUGCCGUUUUCACAAACCUUCAAACACAGCUGCACCAAGAUACCGCCAACGAUUCGCGGAGCUGCAACCUUCUUUAUCCGCUCUCCAAAUUUUCUGAAGGAGACGUCUGGAUCGAGUCCGAUCAGGGAAAGGUUCCUUUCGAACACCGGGGCGAGGUUCUCUGGGGAAACUCCCUGCCGGUGUCCCAGGGGCUUUGCUAUCUUGAUGCGCCGAACUGCCGACAUGCCACUUUGGCCUGGAAGGGCGAGCGCAGUAUUCUAGUGGGAUACACGGCCCAAGGAGCCGAUUGCAUGCCUCAGGAGACGCGCGCAUUCCUUGAGAACUUGGAGUUUCCCCUGCCCCCCGAGGGCCCCAGGCCCAUAAGCAAGAAGGCGAGAUUGGCAGGUGCCCCGGAGCCUGUCCCGCUGAGGGACAACGAUCACAUUUUGGGCUUACCGAACCUGUCGGACACCGACAAGGCCCGGGUUCGCAAGGCCAAUGAUCUGUGUCGCUUCGUUGUCGAGCUGAUUCGUGCCUUACCUUCUUCCACCUUUGUGAGCAUCGAGAAUCCCAAUAAUUCCUGGAUUUGGGGAGUGCUAGCUUUCUUCGUGCAAGAAUCUCGAGACCCUGCCCUACUCGAGAAAUGGCGUCGCAUGAUCGAUGUGCGCUUUCAUAAUUGCAUGAAGGGAGGUCGACGACCAAAGCACAGUCGCUUUCGUUGCAGUGAUUCUCGCUUGUCUAGCAUGGCUGUGGAGUGCGACAAUCAACAUAGGCACGAUCCCUACCUGGUCUAUCAGACCGGCCGACAGUGGAGAUUCAGUACCGCUGAAGAGGCGGAAUAUCCGCCUCAACUUUGCCAGGAGGUGUCGCAACUGCUGGCCGCGACAGCGGGUUUGCCAUCCUGCUUAGAACCGCCGGCCGGUCCACGCGCUGUCUGGCCCAACCACGUGGAUGCCGUCAAAAGGAACAUCUUCAGACGGCUGACCGAAGGACCAUCUGCUUUUGCUGAAGAGAGGCUCAGACUUUACAACAGGCUCAACCAGAUGGAGAAAGAACUUCGCUACGAGGAGGCGCGACUGCAUUCAACCCUGCCUGACCACACUCGCGAAGUCAUCAAGGGAAAGAACCUUCUGCUAUGGGCACAAUUGCUGAAGGAGACCAAAUUUCCUGAUGAAGGAGUCUUCGACUUGAUGAUGGGCGUCGAUUUGGUGGGCAAGCCAGACAAAUCACCCUUGUUUGAAACCAAGGAAUCGCCGGCUACAUCCACACCUGAGCUUCUCCUUGAAUCAGCUCGCUGGCGCAGAGAGAGGCUCAAGGGCCGUGAUCCGCACGAGAAAGAUCCGGAGGCGACCUGGCAACUCUGGGAUUGCACUCUAAAGGACCGGGACGACGGCUUUCUCACAGGGCCGUUCUACGAUGAGGACGAAGUGAAAAAGCACCUUGGAGUGGAGGAGUUCGUCUGUUCGAGAAGGUUCGUCAUCGAGCAGGGCACGCCGGAGAGGCCCAAACUUCGACCGAUCGACAACUACAAGGAGGGCGGGGUCAACGAAGCUUACCAUAGCCUCGAAAAGCUCGCCUUGUUUGAUGUCAACUGGAUGACGGCGAUGGCAACUUACAUCGCGCGGGUCUCGGAUGGAACCGGCGCUUUGGAGAUUGUUCUCAGCACGGGAGAAAUUCUACGCGGAGAGCUGCACUCUUCUAGGAAAGCUAAGAAGCCCGUCUGGCAGGGGCGAACGCUGGAUUUGGAAAAGGCGUAUCGUCAAGUUCCACUUUCAACGGAGUCGCUGCGACUGGGGGUCGUCAUGGUCACGGACCCUAACAGCGGCAAGCCUUGCUACUUCGUGGCCCAGAGUUUACCCUUCGGUGCAUCAUCGUCUGUGUUUGCUUUCAACAGGCUGUCAAGAUCGAUCUUGCAUCUGAGCUGGAACUUGAUUGGCAUGAUCUCAGGAUGCUUCUACGACGACUUCCCGCUUCUUGAAAUCCAAUCUUCCGCGAAGCUUGUUUCUGAAUCGUUCGAACACCUGCUGCGGAAGAUCGGGUGGAGGUAUUCCAACGACCCAGCCAAAACCUCGCCUUUCAAUGAGAGCUUCGAUCUACUUGGAAUCCGUCUUAACGCAGGCGACAUCUCCAAUGGCGUCGUGGUGCUCCAAAACAAGGCGUCAAGGCUGGAGAAGAUGAAAGAUACUUUCAUCCGCAUGGCGUUGAGUGGUGAAUGGGAUCUGCGGCAGAUUCAGUCGCUGCAAGGGCAAGUGAACUUCGCUUUGGGCUUUGCUUCAGGAAGGGCAAGGAAGAUGCUGCAGCGUGCACUUGGAAGCUUCAUCAGGAAUCCUGAAGAUCGCAGUGCGAGUGACUUCCGGACACUUUGCGAGUUCGGGAUCCGCUUGAUUGACGAGUGCAAACCAAGAGUCUUCGCCUGCCGGGGGCCGGAACAACCGGUGUUGAUCUUCACUGAUGCAGCUUACGAAAAAGGUGUCGCCACAUUCGGCGUGGUGGUCCUGGAUCCCUUCACUUCUUCUAAGCUAGUGGCCGGAGGUCGCAUACCGAAGACUCUGGUGGAAUUCUGGAAGCUUGACAGCCCCGAACAGGUGAUUGCUCAGGCUGAAGCUUUCGCCGUGGUCCUCGCAAGAGAAGCUUUCAGAAACUUCACACAUGGCAGGCGAACCAUUUACUUCAUCGACAACGAGGGAGCGAGAGAAGUCUUGAUCAAAGGGGCGAGCAAGUCACGUACGCUUCUGCUUUUGGGAGCACGCUUCUUCGAGAUGGAAAACUUGGAUCAAAGCUUGACGUGGCUAGAGAGGGUUCCAUCUGCUAGCAAUGUGCAGAUGGGAGAAAAGGAAGUGGUUACAGCCAUUUCAGCAAAGCCAAUUCCACUUUGGAUCCUCGGCACUCCUUACGCUGCCGGAGAUCGAGCAGACCAAGAAAGCCAUGGUCGUGACUACUGGAAGAUGGAUCUUGAGAAAGGAGAAGUUGUUCGUCACCACGUAGUACCAAGAACUGUUUUGUUUGACCCGACAGGUGUUUCCAACUGUCCUGUCCUCCUUGGAGAUCUCGAGAACAGCAGGUAUACCCAAGGAGACUGCAUCUACAGUACAGAAAUCUACGAACACAGUGACGACUGGAGAGCAGACCGUCUACCUCUACGUGAACACUUUCGUUUGCCGUGGUUUGGUCAAACAAGGUUUCGUGUGAAGCCAGAAGUUGUUGAAGACCUGAAGGCAGAAGCUGCAGCAGAGGAGCUAAAGCAGAAGAAAGAAGACCACUACAAAGAGAAGGAAGAUUCAGCAGCACCACCAGAAGCAGAGGAAAGCAAAGACGAAGAGAUGAGAGAAGCACAAGCAGACCAAGAAGCACCACAAGAAGUUGUUGAAGUUUUGGAGGAAAGCUUCUACCACGAAGGCGUCGAGUACACAGCACAAAGGAGCAGUCUUAAAGAACUACAAGCACUUUGCAGAGAGUACGGAGUUAAGACCACAGGAAGCAAGAAGCAGCUUUUGAAGAGACUAGCCACAGCAGUCAGAGAAGGAAGGCUCAGCACGCAACACAAGGAACAACGGGAACACCACCAAGCAUACCACUUGGCACCACCACAGGAACCAACGGAAGAGGAGAGAGCGUACCACAACUUGACGCACCUUCCGUAUCAACCUUGGUGUCCCCAUUGCGUUGCUAUGAAAGCACGAGAAGACAACCACAAGAAAGGAUUGAGCAAGCCAAGCAGCUCUACGGAUUCCGCGAAGCCCGUCAUCAGUUUUGACUUUUGCUAUACAAGCACCACAGGAAGUGAAGAGCCACCAGCAGUGACUCUUGUCGCUGUGGACAGCUGGAGCAAGGCAGUUCUUGCGGUGCCCUGCAAGAGGAAAGGAGGUGCAGGAAGCACGACGCAUCUCGCGGAAGCACUCGUGCAGUUCACCACGCAGCUCGGAGACAACGAGAACGCAGCCAAAGCACUCAAGGACAAAGUACAGAAGGAAGAACGCGAACAGCUCGAGAACGACGAGGCCGCUAGCGACCCUCCGAGUUCGGAGGAACCAAGCUCACCCAGCAAGCUACGAAAGCAGGUCAACAGAGCAGAGGAAACAGACGGUUACCUCAACAUGCCUCAUGAUGAUGAAGUCUACGAAGCAGAUGAUGAGUUUGUGUACGAGUCGGAAGAACAAGAAGAGGAGACAGAGAGUGAACCAACGGAAGUUUCUACCAAGGUCCCUGUCGAGUUCUUCGAUGAGGAGAAAGGACCACCGAACGUGGAUCCAGCUUUUCUUCAGAAGUUGGAUGAUGUCAACGCGACGCACCCAGUCUUUGGUCAGACUUUUGUGAUGGUCUUUUGGUGGAAGAGAAGUUUGAGCGUUGUACAGCAGUUCCAGCACUUUACCCUCUUCUACGACAAGGAAGAAGAGAAGGCACAAGUGGUGAGAAGACUCGAGAAGAUCAUGAAGAACAAGAGCAGCAUGUUGUUUGCACUUUCGAGUUUGUUUGCAAAGACUGAGGCAGCCUACGUACAACACGUGAACUACGACGUGGACUCCUUCGACGAGGCAGUGACAGAGAAAGCAGAGAAGUUGAAGAAGGUUGAGGAAAGCCUGGAGAAGGAAAAGGAGGAGUUCGAAGAGACAGUGAAAAGGUUUUUGAAGAAGCAGAAGGAGGUGAAGGAAAAGGAAGACAAAGUUACAGAAAGAGAAGAGAAGUUAGAGAAAGACCAAGAGACCCUCCAAGAGCAAGCCAAGGCCUUAAGCGAGAAGGAGACAGCCCUUGAAGAAGCUGAGGAGAACGUCAAAGCAAAGGAAGCAGAGGUUGAGAAGAAGAAGAAAGAGGCAGAGAAGAGAGAGAGAAAAGCCCAGGAAAGAACCGCCGGCUACGACCAGGAGAGAGAAGAGUACGCCAAGAAGUACGUUGACGACGCAAAGAAGGACUUGGAGAGAGAGCUUAAAGUGCUAAAGCAAGAAGAGAAAGUAAGGAACCAGAAGCUCGACGACCUCCAGUACGACUACAAGAGCCUCAAGGACGACUACCAGUACUUCAAAGGUUACUCACAGGAAGUGGACGCACUUCUACUUGCAGCUAAGGACAAGAUCGUGAAGUACAAGAAGAAGGUCAAAAGCCUCAAGGAAACCAUAGGUGCAGCCUUGUCUGGAAGCGAAGGUGAAGAAGAGACAGAAGAAGCGUACAAGACCAAAGCAGAAGAAGAGAAAGAGAAGGCAGAGGCGAAGGCAAAAGAAGAAGAGAAGAAGAAAGGAAAAAGGCCAAAGCAGGUAGAGACAGAAGACCAAGAAGAGAAGCCCUCAAGCAACCAAGGAGACGAGAACACUUUCGACCCGAACGACAUAGCCGAGUUCACGCAGCUUGGCUACGUGUGGGAGUUCAGCAAGAAGACGCAAGAGUACCGCGCGAAGUGCGAGGACAAGAAAGGAGCCCCAAGAAUCAAGAACGCUCCGGUGAAAGGCCGCUUCCUUUGGAACAAGGUGACGGAGUGCUACAGAAGGCACAACGUGUGGUUUACAGACGGAAAGGAAUUGGAUAAAGUCCUCGAGACCAAGGAGAACGAGAAGAUCGAGGAAGAGGUGCAGCGACGCAUCGGCAUGAAGGGCAAGAACGACAACACAGGAACCAAGGGAAAAGGCCCUUCCUUGGACGACGGACAGAACGACGGUUGGUGGUACAACGACCAGUGGAACAACGAGAACUGGAACACCACCGACGACGGCAGCAACUGGUACGAGAACGCGAACCCGCACAACAAAGGCUACUGGCAGACGCCAGAAGAGUGGGCGCAGCAGAACCAGUGGGACCAGUGGACACCCAAAGGAAAGAGCAAAGGCAAGAAGUCCAAGAACUGGGUCCAGACCCAGUGA